AUGGCUGUUGGAACCUGCAAAAAAAAGAAGGAGAAGGGAAAGGGGGAAGAAAAGAGACGGGAGGGGAAGAGAGGAGGAGAGAACGACGGGAAAGCGGGGUUUAGGCGGGGAAGAGGGACGCUGCCAGCGGGUGCUGGCUGGUGGCCGGAGCUGCUGUUUCUUGCUGCUUUCUCUAGAAAAGGAGACGAGGAGAGUGAGGGGGUACCGCUGCCUCUUGUCGGUGGCUGCUGGCUGCGUGCAGCUACUGCUACGGGGAGAGAGAAGGAGAAGAACAGAAGAAGGGGGAGAGGGCGGAGAAGGGAGGAAAAGAGAGGGCGGGCGACGGGAAGCUGCUGCUUCCGGCGGCUGCUGGUUGGUCGGAGAAGGGGGAGAGGGAUGGAAGAGAUAGAGAAGAGCAGCGCGGCUGCUUGGGUCACCGUCCAGCUGUCUCCCUCGCAGGAAAAAUGGAGGAGAGGGAGAGAGAAGGGAGGCGGCUGGAGAGGGGAGGGAGAAGGAUGGGGAGAGAGAGAAGCGGCUGGAGAGAGGGAGGGGAGGAAGAGAGAGUAG